AUGGCGACCGAACGCCACGUCCAUGGCAUCCUGUACAUGGGAGGUCCUUAUGGGUCUUCCUCGACACCUCAUGACCCGGAGGCCUUAAAGCGUGCCCCGCGUGAGCUGCCAGUCCCGACCCAUACCUCACAGGACCCCAUCAGCCAAUGGCUUCCGCUACCCAACGUCGAUGCACGCUGGCUAGCCGUGCAUCAGAGUGGCCGCUUGACCGUUUGGCGAGGCGACGCACUCCUUCCUUUUCGUGCGGAUGGCCCUCGGUCUGACGAGGUGCUCCAGCAAGCCCACUCCCCUGCCCUCUUGUUGCCCACAGAUCAUCCCGGGGUGAGCCAACGCCAGCUCCCUGCCGACACCAAUCGCCUGCACUACCUCGAAAGUCUGCAGCUCUACCUCAGCUGGAGACAAGGAGGACGCCGCCUAGGCCUCCUGACUUCCGAGUUUGAGGUCUUGGAUGAACUCGAGAGCCCCGAGCCCGUGCAUGCCAUUGCUCACCCGACAGGUGCCCUUGAAAUUAUUCUUUGUGGCAAUCAAGAGCUCCAUCGCCUGGCUUUCCGUCGUGGACGUCAUCUGGAAUUUCGUACCGCCUAUCGACCGCAAUGCGAAGGCAGUCCUGAUAAGCCCCUGCGCCACCUCGUGCUUGACUCCGAUGAAGAAACGCAUCAGCGCCUCUACGUCGCUAUUGGCAACUGCGUAGCCAUUCACCGCUGCCUCAGCGGCGAAUCCGUCGCCGCCAUCAACGACAUCUUUGACGCCGAUCUCUCUUGCAUCUAUCCGGAUCUCAAGGAGCACGUGCUGCUCGUAGCCUCGCGUCGCGGUGCCAUUGCUGUCAUUAACAUGAACAACUGGUCGCGCUUGGCGACUUGGGUCAGUACCACGGCCCCCAUCGUAGCCAUCUACGAACACCGCCUCCUUCCCAGUGCCAUCCUUGCCCUAGCCGAGGAUGCCACCCUGACAGUCUGGCACUACCACUGCCAAGAUUGCAUCCUUCAGCGCCAGCUCCCCGAGCAGCCCAAAGCGCUCUAUCCCCUGCCCCACCACCCGAGCCUUUUACUCUUGCUUGGCACCAACACCUCCCACAUGUUUCGCCUCAACAUUCUCUAUCGCCUUUAUAGCCUCAUGUUUGAGCGGAUUACUAGCUUGGCACGCCGCUGGUGCGCGCCCGAUGAAGCCCAUCUCUGCACCCUGACACAUCGGCAGCAGGCCAUUGUUCUUGACGCCCAAGAUCAAGCAUGCCUGCUUGAGACAGAGCGCAUGCCUUUUUUGGGUCCGACCCGCAGCAUCAGCCUGCUUGACUCUCAGGACCUGUGGUGCUUUUGCUCCACGUCAGGGCAAAUCCGCUUCUAUUCGACUCAAAAGGGCGCCGAUGAGCUCGAAGCCUUGCAGCCCGACUGCCUUUGGGCCCCGUCUCUUCCGCCAAACGGCGCGACAUGCAUCGCCACACUUGAAUUAGCACGCCAACACCCGUUGCCCGAAACCCCUGACCCCCGGAGCUGGCGCGCAGGCUUUGGUCGUGCUGUUCAGCCUCGCUACCCCAUGACAGAAGCUUGGCGCACUUGGCGUACCGAGCAGGCGCCGCCCCCUAACAUCCACGCUGGCGUUCUCGUCGGGUCUGAGGAUGGCCACUUGCGCCUCAUCGACCUGCGCACCCAACGCCUGGUGGAAGCCUUUCCAGCCAUUCACGCAGCGGGGCUUGUGGCCGUAACUGCCGACGUAUCUCAGCCUCCGCCCGUGCGCUUUCAGGGUACAGCACCACCAGCCUCUCUACCUUGGCACGUCGCAUCAUAUGAUGCAGAAGGAGCUUUGGUGCUCUGGGCACUCACGCCAAUGGCAAUACCGCCUCUUUCACCUGACGCCAACUUUGAGGCGACGGAGGAAUGGGCAGCACACCCUUACAUAACCGUGACCCAGCUCCGAGUCGUCUUUCUCUUGGAUCGCAUCUACCGACAGGUUCUGCACUACCCGCACCUCAUCACGUGCGCACGGCAUGAAGAAACUGCUCGUCACGUCGUCAGCGUCCUUGAUGUAGCCCAGGACACCACAAUCUCGCACCACGUCCUAGACGAUCACGAUUCACGUGUGAUUGGCCUUGACCUCAACCCCCACCUUGAUCUCAUGGUGACUGCAGAGGAUGCAGGGAUCCUCAAGCUUUGGUGUGUCAGCCGCAACUCCCUACUUGCCACGAUUCAGCUAGACAGCCCCGUGCAAGGCAUUGCCAUCCAGGAAACCGAGUCUACUACACCUUGCAUUGUUCUCGCCACGCGCGGGCACCUUUGGCAGAUGCCCCUCUUGCCCUUUCUUCCGCGCCGCUACUUGCGUGGCAUCCUCGGCCCGGGACCGCGCCCAGAGGCAGCCUGGCGUGCCAACCUAGUGGAUGAACUUCACCACCCUGAGCGCUUUGGUCGAGUCAAUCUCUCCAUCAUGCCUAGCGCCAACGGUCACACCCAGGUGCGUCACCACCGUCGCUCCACAUUGGCCGAUACGACCCGACAUCAAAUGAAAACCAUUGAGUUGGAACGCCAACGCGUGGCCAGCCAAACCCGCCGGCUGCUGGACCGAGAGCGUGACCUGGUUGACAUCAAUUUACGUCGUGACAAAGCCAUCGAAACCACGGCCGUGCCUUCUCGAACUCGCAAGGCGCAGCGGGCUGCACUCAAGGCCUUUGCUCGUCAACUUCACCCGCGCCUUGCCGUCAUUGACGACCUGCACCGGCAAUAUGAUGAAGAGCGGCUGCAGGAGGUUGUACAAGCCUCGCUCUCCACCCUGUCCGAUACCGACAUGCAAGAUCUCCGUGCCGCCGUGGCUGCGCUUCCAGAGCUCUCGUCAGAAGAGGAGGACGAUGGGGUAGGCCUGAUGGAUCUGCUCAAGAAGAACCCUGUCAUCAAUCUGUCCAGCUCAGAGGAAGAUGAAGAAGAAGAGGAGUCGCCACGUCGACGGCGCCGCCGCCGCGCUGCGGUUGCUUCCCGAGGGUUUCAGAUGCUUGAUGAGCGUGAACGGCCCGCCAAAGCCCAGGAGCCACCUCCAGCAAACGAAAGCGCCAACGAUCGGCCGCCGCCUCCGAUCAAAUCACCCAAACCGACACGCUCAACGCCCAGCGCCCCCAAGUUUCCACCCGUAGCCCCGCCGCUACCUCGCUACUUGUCACAGUUUCGGGAGAAGCAUUGGUUCAAGUUCCGCUAUCCUCGUGCCGUUCCCAGCACGUUUGACUUUUUGCGCCCAGCGCCGUCGGAAGAUGAAGUGGCGCGAAAUGUAUUAGCUCAGAUCCCGUACCGGGCCGUGGUGACCUUUCUGGCCGGCAGCGAACUGUCGUUUUCUGGCCCCCCUGUUCGUAGCCUCCUAUCUCAGGCAACAUCCACCGAAGAUGCCAUUUCCAUCGUGGAGAGCAUCGGCGUUCUCAGCGUUGACUCGCACACCGACUCUAUCACCCGCGCAGCGAUCCGCCGGACGCUACUAGCUGCCUUGGACCCUCACUGCUUUGCUAUGCAUGGGCUGGACGGCGAAACGGAUUUGUUAUGGCAGCACUUGCGGCAGCAAGCUGAUCAGCUCGCGCGGCGGGGUGCGGCCUCACCGCGGCCCCCGGUUGCAUCAUCAAUGGCAAUGGCGCUUGACGAUGAGCACAAUCAAGGGGAUCACUCUUCAGAAGUGGGGAGCGCAAUGGCCGAGGACGGCUCAACAAACGUGGUAUCGACACAGCCAAGCGUUGAUGAACGGCAGCGGGCCGCCAGCGCAGCUCGGGAGCUCUUGUCCGACUGGCGCACAAGAUUGGCAUCUGCAACCACGCUGUCCCGCCGUGGCUCGACGGCUGUGACCAUGGCCGCCCCCACUGACGACCGACCUCCUGUGCAUGAUAUUGGCGAGUGUGACGCGAUUGACGUGCUACGCUACUUUAUCGUACAAAAUACGGAGCGACCGGCGUCCGAGCCGCGGGCACGCACGCAGACUCCUCGCCUGCUGCGCAACCUAGACCGCAUUGCGCGUGCCCCCUUGGCGACACAAAGCUUCCUGCCACGUCUCGGCUAUGUUGGAAGAGUUGUUGGGCUGGUCGGGCCGUGGACUGAAGCUACUUGUCCUAACCAGGUGGUUUUCGAUGUUCUUCAAUUGCCGGGUUCUGUAGGGCGGCGACACCGCGGGGAGAGCAUCGAGCUGCAUCGGCACGCCUGCCUCCGGUGCGCUCUGCCCCUGAUGGAAGCAAAGAAGGCGAUGAGCGCCAACAAAUAA